AUGAGGAAUCCUCUUGCUAUCAAAUUCAUGAUGUUUAUGUUGAUGAUGUUUAUGGUGUGUUUGGUGACGGAUGUUGUUUAUGGUGAAAAGGAAGUAAGAUGCAUAGAGAGAGAGAGGGAAGCACUCCUCCGAUUCAAGGCUGCCAUUGUAGAUCGCUAUGGCAUGCUCUCUUCUUGGACCACUCCCCACUGUUGUCAAUGGCAGGGAAUUCGCUGCUCCAACCUCACUGGACAUAUUCUAAUGCUCGAUCUGCAUGGAGAAGUUCAUGAAGAAAUUUCUUUCGAUUUUUACCUUGAAUUUAUGUCAGAACGUUUUAUCAGCGGAGAGAUCCACAAGUCGUUGAUGGAGUUGUCACAAUUACAGUAUUUGAACCUCAGUUCUAAUUCUUUCCCAGACAGCAAUAUUCCAGAGUUUCUUGGCUCUCUUAGCAACUUGAGAUACCUCGAUCUUUCAUCGU